AUGGCAUCGACUACAAAAAAUCAAACUUCAGCUCUUACUUCUUUAGCUGAGAUUGAAGAAUCUCUUCGUCAAAUGUCAACAUCAGAUUUCACUGAACUUAAAUCUUAUGCUAAGCCACCAUUAGCUUAUCUCGCUAUAUUCGAAGGUAUUGGUGUUUUACUCGAUCCAUCGAAAAAAGCAUGGGAAUGGACAGACGAUAAAAAGUUAAUGUCAGGAAACAAAAAUGAUUUUUUACAACGUUUAUUUAACUUUGACAAGGAUAAUAUCAAUAAUGAGCAAAUAGAAAGACUCAAAUCAAUUUUGGAUCGGCAUGAUUGUCAACCGAAUAAUUUAGCUGCAAUAUCAUCAUUAUGCUCUAAAUUAGUGUUUCGUGGACGUGGACGUGGUCGUGGUCGUGGAGGAAAUCGUGGAUUUGCACGUGGUCGUAGUACAAGUCGUGGCCGUGGUCGUGGUAUAAGUCGUGGCCGUGGAUUUGUACGUGGUCGUAGUCAAUUUAAUGUCCGUGGUGGUUACCGUCGAGGUGCACAAAUAGUACGUUCGAAUUCCAUGGAUAUUGAUCAACAAACACCAUCAGUCAAUCUUUUAGUCGAUCUUGACAUUAAUGCUGAUCCAAAACCAUUCUUUAUCAAUACGAAUGUCACUCUAGAUCAACAUAUUCAAGCACAAACAGUAAACCUAUCUCGGUAUUUAGCUACUUUAUUUACACUUGAUGAAAAUAGUGUUGAAAUUGGUCAAAAAGCUAAAGCCUGUGUAUUGGCUGCUGCUUGGUGUCGACAUGAUCAUAAAUUAGCUAAUAAUCUUUUACGCCAUCGACGUUUAUUCACACUGACUGAAGUACUUAAAGCAUUAACAAUGUUAGAUGCUGCUCGACGAAUUCGUGUUUAUGAAAAACAACUUAAACGUCUUGAAUUAUGUCAAACAAAACCAAAAGCAACAAAAUUGGGUAAAAUUAAAAAUAAUAUUGAUAACUUAAAGAAACUCAAAACAUCAACUGGAUCAGCUAGUGGUGCUGUUGCUCGACAUAUUCAACGUUGGACUCGAACAUUAACUCAACAAGAACUUGAAUAUUUUGCAUUACAUAUGCCAACAGAACCAUGGAAAAAAUUAGCUGAUAUUGUUCAUUUUAAUCCAAGUAAAGAUUUUCCUGCUUUACCUUGGUUUUUAACAUUUUGUUUUGGGACACCAGCACCAGCUGAAUCAAUGGUAUCACGUUGUCGAGAAUUAACAAAUGAAAAUAUAAAUAUUUUAAUUAAAGAAUUUAAAAUUCCUUAUUCACAUUUAAAACAAUUUAAAGAUCAUUUAAAUGAUGAAUCAAAAGCAAGAAUUGCAUCUUAUGAAGAAAAAUUAGAUACAAUUUUAUGGUAUUAUGAAGAUUUACAAUGUUCAGAUGUUGAUGAGAUUAUUAGCGAAAGAUUACAAAAUGGUGAACAGAUAACUUUACCAUAUGGUAAACUUAUGGAACGUCUUUUACUUCUUCGAACAUUACGAGACAAUGCAACUGAAACAACAGUUUUCGAACAUAAUGGACGAGGACAUGGACGUGGACAAAUCACUAGAAAUGUUCAUGAUCAACAUUCAGUACAAUCAAGCAAAUGUAAAUUAUAUUCUGAUUUGUUAUUAAUUGCCGAAGCUCAACUUGAAAAAAUUAAAUUACCAUUAGAAUCACCAGUAGCAGUCAUGGGUGAUGCAUCAGGUUCGAUGGAAGUUGCUAUUCGUACAGCAACUAUUCUUUCAUCAUUACUAACAGCAGUUUGUUCCGCUAAAUUGAAUUUUUUCAAUACUGAAAUGUUUUUACCGACAUUUACACCGAAAACUAUUGAAGAUGUUCUUACAUUAGCAUUGACAACAAGAGCUGAUGGUGAUACAGCAAAUGCUGCUGGUCUAGUAUCAUAUUAUAAUAAUAAAGAAGUGAUUAAGACAUUUGUUAUGGUGACAGAUGAAGAAGAAAAUACAGAUGCUGAAAUAGCUGAUGGUAUAUCAACACGAUUCUUUGAUUUAUUUAUGAAAUAUCGUGCAGAAAUUUAUCCAGCUAAAUUAGUAUUUAUUUCAUUCCUAUCUCAUCAACAUGCUCAAGGUCAAAUGUAUUCAGAAUUUCAAAAUGCAAAUGUACCAGAUAUAAUUCAAUUUGUAUUCAGUGGACAUCGUCCAGAUUUGACGAAAAUUGAUAAUCUUUUGGGUUUAUUAUCGACCGGCUCGUCAGAUUCAUUUGAUGAUCAAGUAGGAAAAUUACAGAAUGAAUUUCAACAGAAAGAUGUUGAAAUAGCCAUGACGAAUUUACUUAAUAAGCAAAAGGAAAAUUCUCUUCCCAUGGAAGCAGAAAUGACUUCGGCAGCAUCGAACUAA